CAACGCCAUCGCAAAGUAUAUACAGAAAUCAAAUAAGAAUUUUUUGCAAAUCGGAAUCGCGCUUAAAUAACCAUAAUAAACAUUGAAAACAAAAACGUUAAUUGGAAUUUCGGCAGCACAAUGAAACUAGAGGAGCUUUUGACAAAGGGCGCACCAUCGCCGCAGGAGGACGACGACGAUGAUGAAAAGGCGGAGUCGAAAACAAAAGCCACAAAUGCCUCUGAUGAGGGGGUGGAGAACGCUGAAGAUGCUGCCGAAGAGUCUGCUGAAAAGGAAAGCGCAACGGGCAAGAAAAAAGGCACACGCAAAAAACGCUCUUUAAAUUGGGAGGAAGCCGAACGCGGUCUGCUCCUGGAGGUAAUCAAAACAAAAGUCGCAUUCGUUGAGAAUCGCAGCGUCGAUGCCAAAAGCAUCAAGGCCAAGCGACUGGCCUGGUCCCAAAUAACCAAACAAUUCAAUGCGCUAAACUUUCGACAUCGACUGCUGGAGCAGAUUCAGGUCCAGUGGCGCAGCAUGAAGAACUCCGCCAAGCGCGAACAUCAGCAGAAGCAUCCCAAAUCAGAUGCAUUGGAGGGCAUGCGGAUGAUUGAGUUUAUGGAGGAGCUGCAAAAGGAUCCGGUAUCGUCGCGCAGUCAAACGCGCAGCGGCACCAAUGGUGCCGUCGGUGUGCCACUGAAAAAGGAGCUGCUCGAACUGGACGAGGAUGAGGAUAUGCCGCUGGCCGCCCUGCCAAAUUCGACAAAUGCCAGCGAAGAUACACUGCAAACAUCCACCAUAGCCAUACCCUCACCACCGCCCUCCACCGCCGGCGGCGACUCGCAGCAGGAGAGCGCCCAGCCACAGCAAGCGCCAAAUCGGCGCAAACGUGCCAAAGCCAAACCGCAGCUGAGCAACAACAACAGCAAGGAUGACACGGAUCCUGGCACAGCCGGCCCGGCAGACAACGAGAAAACAUCACCGACCCGUAAAAGACGACAGCGCAAUCAUUCACAGGCACAAUCGGUGCUUUCGGAAGAUUUUAGUCCUGAAGCGCCGGCUGCUGGUCAUGCCGCUGCUGUGGCUGGUCCCUUUACGCCUACAGCUGUUGCAAGUGAGAUAAUUGGCUGCGUAGACACCGAGGAUAAAUACAAACAGCAGCUGUUUAAGCUGCUGAAACAGGCGCGUCUCGCCGAGAUCGAUUAUGCACGUCGCGAACACGAGCAGCGGCUGCGAUUCGAGCAAAUGGAGCAGGAGCUGAAGAUGUCGUAUUACCGGCAGGAGCAGGACCUCAAGUUGCGACAGAUGCGCGAACAGCACGACAUACGAUUGAGGCAGCAGCGACGCGAGCAUGAGGCACGUCUCAGCGUUUACAAUCAAAGCGGUAGCGCCUACAAUAGCAAUGGCGAAACGCAACAGGGUAAGCAGCUGGGCCAAGGACACUGCCAGGGACAGGAGCCGCAGACGCCAAUGCGCUGCAAUCCCAAAACGGAAUACAAUAACGUGCACUUGGAGAGCGGCACAGCACAGCCCCAGGCAUCGACAUCCUCCAGUUGCAGCAGCACGGAAGCAGCGCUGGCGCUAAAUGUCAACUCCCUGGCCUACAACUAGUUGUUGUAAAUGGAAAUGAACAUUAUCCACACACACAAACACACUCACACAACAACAACAACACCAACAAACGCCACCCACAACAACAAAUACGAAAUUGCCAGCAUUUAAUGGUAGAACAAAAUGAAAAAAGAAAAGAACUUAGCUUGAAAUGCGUUUAGCGAAAUGUAGCCGACUCUCAAAGUCUCCCAAGAAAAAAAGAAAACAAAAACAAUACAAGAUAAAACGGUUAUCUUUGGCAUGCCGAAGUUUGCAUGCCCUUGCAGAGCAAAGUCCUUUAGCUCAUAUCUAAAUUUAAGUAAUCGUAAAACUGUUCGUGUUCCGGCUACAUGACAAAAAGGUUAGGAGUUUCUAUGGCAGCUACAUGAUAUAGUAAGCCGUAAGAUCAUGAAUAUAUAUAUAUAUAUAUAUACUUUCUAGAGACCUCUCUUCCAAUACACUCUGCAAGGGUAUUAAUUGAAAAUAAACAAUAAGAACACUCAGACUAAUCAUGAAUGAAAAAUCGAAUAAUGAUUCGAAUACGAAAUACUCACGUUGCCACAUGCAGGUUCAUGUCUCGUCCUGCUCUGACAAAAUCCAUGGACUGUUAAUUUGUGUGCAUGCCACAACACAGACAACAUCAUACACACACACUCACUCACACACACAUUUGCAUUUUUCAAUAUUAGUAUUAUUAUAUUUGUAUCCUGGUAUCUGUUAAGUGAACUUGCUCUACCAACAAAAAAAAACUUAUGAAUUUAUCAAUUUGUGGAUCGCGGUUGUGUCACAAGAACAACAAAAACCAAUAAGAAAAGAACAAAAACAAAAAAAAAAAGAAAAAUACUCAAAGAACACACGAAACUCGAAACUCAUCAAGAACUCAACUCAGUAUUCUAUUUUGCCACUGUAUUACAACAAACAAAUUCUCCUUUUGCAGCUAUGUUAAGUUUUUGAUUUGU